AUGACAGCCACAGUGACUAACAAAGUCACCACACCGUUCAUUGCCAGCAAACCCCUGACCAAGGCCUUGUCUCGUGGAAACCGACACAUGUACAACUCUGCAAAGCGCUUCGAGAACCACGAGAGGCUGGGACAAACAGUCAAACCGACCACGUGCACAAUCUUGGACACUGGACGACUACACACUGACAGAGAUGAAGUCUUUGAGUCACAUUUUGGUCAAGGGAGUCAGCGGUUCUUGGUAAUCACCGCUGUCCUGGUGGCGCUGGUCGGAAUUUCGCCGCUGAUCAUGGCACUACUGAAGCUCGUCCGCACGAAGAAACCAAAGGCAUCCAACGAAACCGAAGAUGACGAGAUACAACCCUAUAGUACCAUGUACCUUUCAAACAUUGCCGUGAUGUCUCCAUCUUCGUCUGCCAAACCGGUCCAGUUGGAGAACACUUACUCCCUGCCUGCCGACCACACCAUAGUCCGGCACACAUAUGCCGAGCCUGACAACAGUCACUCUGGACUAAAGGCAGAAGUCACCGCCCUAGAUGAUGACCAGGUUGUAAGUGUGAACCUACGUGGUCCAGAACCAGUCUACGAAGAGGCUGUCCCAGUGAAGUCAGAUGGGUUCCCGGUUGAGGAGACCGGACAGGGGCUGAACAAGGUUUACAUGAGUGAGAACCCAUGGAAGUGUAACUGUGACUUCUUGAUGUCCUACAAGACCUUCCCAGCAGCCCUCACACGUUCCAAUCCCUGCAUGACUUGCGCGACCCCUCAAGAACACUAUGGCCUACGAGUGUCGUCCAUCACACUUGACUGCGCUGUGAGUUCCGGAUCAGGAGAAACUGAAACGACAGAGAAUGACAACGUCAACCAGAAGAAUACAAAAAAGACAGGGUUUGUGAAUCCGGAAACGGUACCCCACAAGGUGAAACACAUGUACAACUCCGCAAAGCGUUCCGAGAACCACGAGAGGCUGGGACAAACAGUCAAACCGACCACGUGCACAAUCUUGGACACUGGACGACUACACACUGACAGAGAUGAAGUCUUUGAGUCACAUUUUGGUCAAGGGAGUCAGCGGUUCUUGGUAAUCACUGCUGUCUUGGUGGCGCUGGUCGGAAUUUCGCCGCUGAUCAUGGCACUACUGAAGCUCGUCCACACGAAGAAACCAAAGGCAUCUAACGAAACCGAAGAUGACGAGAUACAACCCUAUAGUACCAUGUACCUUUCAAACAUCGCCGUGAUGUCUCACUCUUCGUCUGCCAAACCGGUCCAGUUGGAGAACACUUACUCCCUGCCUGCCGACCACACCAUCGUCCGGCACACAUAUGCCGAGCCUGACGACAGUCACUUCGGACUAAAGGCAGAAGUCACCGCCCUAGAUGAUGACCAGGUUGUAAGUGUGAACCUACGUGGUCCAGAACCAGUCUAUGAAGAGGCUGUCCCAGUGAAGUCGGAUGGGUUCCCGGUUGAGGAGACCGGACAGGGGCUGAACAAGACAACCGACAUCCUCCAGGCCCGGGCUGCCAUGAACCGUCAACCUGCAGAUCAACCAGGCCAACCCGCCGCUCUACCUGCCGUUUACGAGGAGACACCUUACGAAGACGUCUGGAACUGCAUCAGUACCGCCCAACGAGAGAAGGAGGGAACCCAUGAGGCAGCCGGUCAGUAUAUGAUGAAGCUAGGCGGGGGCAGGGUGUCUGUCCUACCGAUAGCGCUGUUCCUUCUCCUCUGUGUUACCCCGUGGUGCGAUGCUGGUAAACGCGGAGGUCGCCCGCGGCAUAUUGUUGCAGGCUGCAGAAAGACUGAGAACCCUGUUUUCCUGCCUAAUCAAAAGUUAGUGCAGAUUCCAGCUGGUAAACUAGUUCCCGCCGGUACGACCUGUCUCGCUCUAAGCCGUAACUUCAUCUCCGGUCUUGGGCCUCAAACCCUGGCACGUCUACCAGCUCUAGAGUUUCUGUUGCUCCCAGGAAACAGGCUUACCUAUAUCGCACCGGAAGCGUUCAGCCAUGUGCCCAAACUCAAAGCAUUGAAUCUCGCCCAAAACCAACUGACGGACUUCCCCUGGGGACACAUGCAGGCACAGUCGUCACUGACAUUCUUGGACUUAAACGGAAAUCAUCUGACGUCACUUCCGGCCAACGCCUUCAAGUUUCUUCCCGCCAUGACCGAACUGCGAAUCACGAACAACAACUUGAUGUCGAUUCCCCGGGGAAUAUUUGAUGACGUUCCUCGUCUUACAACGGUUCGGAUGUCGCAGAACCCAUGGAAGUGUGACUGUGACUUUCUGGUGUCCUACAAGACCUUCCCAGCAGCCAUCGCCCAUAUGAAUCCCGGAAUGACCUGCGCGUCCCCCCCGGAACACCGCGGCAGGACAGUGUCGACCAUGAUACUAGGUUCAGGAUGUAUCGAUGCCUCAAAGGGAAUCGAGAAGGGAGCGGGUAACAACGGCUAUGGGAAGUAUCCAGCAGGGGGCGGGUUUCUUUUCCUGAAACAGUGGCUUAAGCAGAACCGAUAUCGGAAGAAUCCGGACAUUGGCAAAAUCCGUUAUACUACCCCAACUCAAAACGGAUAUCGGAAGAAUCCGGACAUUGCCAAAAUCCGUUAUACUACCCCAACUCAAAACGGAUAUCGGAAGAAUCCGGACAUUGCCAAAAUCCGUUUUACUACCCCAACUCAGAACCGAUAUCGGAAGAAUCCGGACAUUGGCAAAAUCGCUUUCACCACCCCAACUCAAAACGGACAUCAGAAGAAUCCGGACAUUGGCAAAAUCACUUUCACCGCCCCAAAUCAAAACGGAUAUCAGAAGAAACAUGUUGCAGGGAAGAUCGGUGGUCCACCGGUCACAACAGAAGAGGACAAUACCAAGAAGAAGACAGUCACAAAAAUGAAAAGACGUGACGGCGCUACCACACCCGCCAAUGCUGAUCUGAUCCAUACGUCUCCGCUUGUCCGACUUUAUGGCCAUUCCACUCAGCGAUUGUCGGACAAGGAUCAUGGAACCGUCCAAGUGAAUGUCCUACCAAGCCAACCGACCACCUCUGAAUGGCCUAAGCCUAAAGCUCGGCCGACAGACAACGAUCCCGUCUUUGGACCACGACUAACACCGAAGCGACAGAAAGUCCAAGACCUGCCCAAACCGAACGAUCUUACCACCCACUACCCGCCGACAAGUACGGUCACCUCGACAACACUGAAGCUCACCACCCUUUUCCAGUCGGUUCGACCAAUGAGAAAGCACCACGUGAAGAUGUCCUCCAAGACAGCAGCAUACGAGGAUACUCAACGAGAAAUCAUAGGGGUGAGCUUGGGCCUUGUGGUGAUGGUUACGGGGGUAUCUUGUGUUGCGAUUGCGUUGAAGAUUGCCCGGUCAAAGCGACCGAAGGUGAAGAAGGCAGCCAUGAAUGAUGAUGAUGACGACGAGAUACAACCCUACAGUACCAGGUACUUAACAGACGAGGACAGACAAUCCCAGACAAACCACUAUUACCUUCCAGCCGACCACAACAUCGUUCGGCACACUUAUAUUGACCCCAACUCUCCAGAGGCAAACCGACGCGAGGGAAAUGCAGACCGUAAAGAUGGCGUCCAGGCCUACCUCAAGAACAAGCUGAAACUACGUGGACCUCGGCCAGGAGAAGGCUACGAUGAUGCCGGACCGGUUUACGCUAAGCCAAACCGCUCCAAGAAUCUACCGGUCACGCCCAAGGCAGGUCGACUUGACACAGAAGAAAACACAGAGCCAGAGUACGAAGUCGCUGUUCCGGUGUACGCCAAGCCUAACCGCUCCAAGAGCCUACCGGUGACGCCCAAGAUGGGUACCGUGGAGACCAGAGAACCAGGAGAUGAUUACGAAGUUGCCGUUCCGGUGUACGCCAAGCCCAACCGGUCCAAGAGCCUACCGUUGACGCCUAUGGUAGGUCGUCGUCGUCAGCCAGAGGGAGACUACAAAGAUGCCGUGCCGGUCUACUCCAAGCCAAACCGCCCCAAGAAGCCAACGGACAACCUCCCGGCAACGCCCCGGCUCCAGAACAGAGAGCAACCGGACAAAGUGCCAAUGCAUACCGAGUCGAAGAAGCCAACCAUGGAGAAGGCAAACAGCCCAGCUCCCAUAUACACCAAGCCUAUCCGUCCCAAGAAGUCAACUGAUAACAAUCUAUCGGCUAUCGAUGAGGAAGACCACGAGUAUGAAGAACCCUGGACCUACCACGCCACCACUCAAGGGAAGGGGAUUCUGAAGCAAACCUAUCUCGGCAUGAAGGGAGGACGUCAGUGGGAGAUAGAGGCCAACAAAGACGGACAGCAGCCGGCAAAACCGAACAUCUACGACAAACCGGAAGUUGUGAUCGGCCGGAUUCAGCUGUCAGGUGGAGUGUGA